AUGAAAGGCAUCUCACCAUCAACAUGUAUGUCUAGAAUUCUUAUGGAGGAGGAUUGCAAACCUGUUCGUGAUGCUCAAAGAAGGUUAAACCCUCUUAUGAUGGAGGUUGUGAAGAAAGAAAUAGUCAAGCUUUUAAACGCUGAAGUCAUCUACCUAAUCUCUGACAGCCAAUGGGUAAGUCCUAUCCAUGUAGUUCCAAAGAAGACUGGAAUCACCAUUGUUCAAAAUUCUGAAGGAGAACUUGUACCCACACGUGUGCAAAAUGGGUGGAGAGUAUGCAUGGAUUACAAAAAGCUUAAUGCUGCAAUAAGAAAAAAUCACUUUUCUUUGCCCUUCAUUGACCAAAUGCUUGAAAGACUUACGAGCAAAUCACAUUACUGCUAUAUGGAUGGGUAUUCGGGAUUUUACCAAAUUCCUAUAGCCCCAAAAGACCAAGAAAAGACAAUAUUCACUUGCCCUUUUGGUACUUUUUCAUUUAGAAGAAUGUUAUUCAGCCUAUACAAUGUGCCAGCCACCUUCCAACGUUGCAUGAUGAGCAUAUUUUCUGACUAUAUGGAGAAACUCAUUGAAGUCUUUAUGGAUGACUUUACAGUAUACAGUAACUCUUUUGAUGAAUGCCUUGCUAAUAUGGAAAAGAUCCUUGAAAGGUGUUUGGAUUCAAAUAUAGUUUUAAACUAUGAAAAGUGUCACUUUAUGGAAGUGACGUUUGAUUUUGAUAAAGAUUGCAAAACAACAUUUGAUUUGAUCAAAGAGCUGCUAGUGAUAACCCCUGUCUUCCAGGCACCUAAUUGGGAUUUGUCCUUCGAAAUAAUGAUCGAUGCUAGUAAUUACACUGUAGAGGCAGUGUUAGGACAAUGGGUUGGUAACACUCCUCAUGUUAUUCAUUAUGCUUCUCAUCAUGUAGCGUUACGGUAUUUGAUCAAGAAAAAGGAGGCCAAACCGAGACUCAUCCGCUGGAUAUUACGCUUGCAAGAAUUUGAUCUAGAGAUCCGAGAUAAGAAAGGUAAAGAAAACCUUGUGGCUGAUCACUUAAGUUGUCUUCCUUCAGAUUUGGAACCAUCUCCAAUCAAUGAAGCCUUCCAUGAUGAACAGUUGUUUGUUGUACAAUCUGUCACACCAUGGUCAUGUACCAGGUGCCGACAAUCAGGAAAUUUAAGCAGCAGAAACCAAAUACCACAAACACCUAUCAUGGUCUGCGAAAUCUUUGACAUAUGGGGGAUAGACUUCAUGGGACCAUUUCCACCAUCCUUUGGGUACAAUUACAUAAUUCUUGCUAUAGAUUAUGUGUCCAAAUGGAUAGAGGCAAAGGCAAUUAGAGUAGACGAUGCCAAGGUAGUGGUAGAAUUUGUCAAGACUCACAUCUUUUCAAGGUUUGGCCUACCUAAGGUGAUUAUCAAUGACAAAAGAACACAUUUAUGCAACAAAGUGAUGGACACCCUUCUCAAGAAAUAUCAUGUCAUCCACAGGACAUCCACAACAUAUUAUCCUAAAAUCAACAGGCAAGCCGAGGUGUCAAACAGAGAGAUCAAGGCCAUCCUAGAGAAAAUAGUUUUUCCAAACCGCAGAUAUUGGAGUGUGCAUCUUGACGAUACCUUGUGGGCAUACCGAACAACAUACAAGACACCUAUAGGGAUGUCACCAUAUCGGUUGGUUUAUGGAAAAGCAUGUCACUUGCCUAAAAGGAUGGUUCACACAGGAAGUUACAACUUCAAGAAUUUGGAAGAGUUAAGACGCGAUACAUAUGAAACUUCCUGGGAUUACAAGUUUAGAACUAAAGCUUUUGAUAGCAAUCAAAUUUCUAGAAAAGUAGUUUAA